GCUGGCUCCGUAUUAAGCUCUGGUCUGUCUGUCUGUCUGUCUUUAUUCUCGUUCUUUAUCAUCUUCAAAAUAACGCCACCAAGGAUAAAUAUUCCCAGCGCCUCGUCCUUCAGAUUGACAUUCUCCUUAACAGUCGAUCGCAGCCAUGGACUUGCCAAAACCACAAUCAACUCCUCGGUUCACUCUCGGCAAGCAGUCCUCACUGAAGCCGAACCGUGAGGACUUGUUGCCGGAGGAGGAAGAGGAGCUAAUAGACCCAAGGGUGCGGUUAAUGUAUCUAGCGAAUGAGGGAGACGUUGAAGGGAUUAAGGAGCUAUUGGACUCAGGCACAAAUGUUAAUUUUAGUGAUAUUGAUGGACGCACCGCUUUGCAUGUAGCUACUUGCCAGGGAUUCACUGAUGUUGUUCAGUUAUUGCUCGAUAGAGGUGCCGAAGUUGACACUAAGGAUCGCUGGGGUAGCACUCCUCUUGCAGAUGCAAUAUAUUACAAAAACCAUAACGUUAUCAAGCUUUUGGAGGAACAUGGCGCAAAACCCCCGGUAGCUCCCAUGCAUGUCCAAAAUACUCGUGAAAUUCCAGAAUAUGAGAUUGAUCCUAGGGAGCUUGAUUUUUCUAAUAGUGUUGAUAUAACAAAGGGAACUUUUCGCAUUGCAUUGUGGCGUGGAAUUCAAGUGGCAGUUAAAACACUGGGAGAGGAACUAUUCACCGAUGAGGAUAAAGUCACAGCCUUUAGGGAUGAGCUUGCAUUACUCCAGAAGAUUCGUCAUCCUAAUGUUGUUCAGUUCUUGGGUGCUGUAACCCAAAGUAGUCCCAUGAUGAUUGUGACGGAAUAUUUACCUAAGGGAGAUCUUUUUGCAUAUUUGAAGGAAAAAGGUGCACUGAAACCAAGAGUAGCUGUGAAGUUUGCACUUGAUAUCGCUAGGGGAAUGAACUACUUGCAUGAGCAUAAACCUGAAGCAAUAAUUCACCGAGAUCUUGAGCCUUCAAAUAUACUGCGGGAUGAUUCUGGGCAUCUGAAAGUUGCAGACUUUGGAGUUAGCAAGCUUCUCAAAGUUGCAAAAACAGUCAGGGAAGACAGUCCUUGUCAAGACACUUCUUGGCGAUAUGUGGCUCCAGAGGUAUACAAAAAUGAAGAAUAUGACACUAAAGUUGAUGUGUUUUCAUUUGCUUUGAUAUUACAAGAGAUGAUUGAAGGCUGUCCACCAUUUUCAACAAGGCCAGAUAUUGAAGUUCCUAAAGCAUAUGCUGCAAAUGAGCGGCCGCCAUUUAGAGCUCCUGCAAAACGUUAUUUGUAUGGAUUAAAGGAGCUAAUAGAGGAAUGUUGGAGUGAGGAGCCAUUCAGAAGACCGACAUUCAGGGAAAUAAUAAUGAGGCUGGAUGACAUAAACAACCGCAUUGCUCAAAAAAGUAGAUGGAAGGUUGGCCCACUUAAAUGUCUCCGGACCUUUGAAGCCAUGCUGAAAAGUGAUCGACUCAAUCCGAGAAGCCAUUCAUCUCGAUCAAUAAGUAGAUGACCAAGUAUUGCUUCAAUGUACAGAGAAUUUACUUUCUCCUGCUGUGGAGGUUUCUUUUUAUUUUUAUUUUUUCUCUUUUUCUGGAUCAGCCAUGUUGAGUUUCUCCUUGUGGACUAACUUGUAUUUGUUUGGGUAUGUGAACUGAUGAAAAGCUUCAGAAAAAUAGGAAACGAGCCUUCAAGGCCUCUAUGGUAUUCUUUUC